AUGAACAAUUUUACUUCUGUGUCUACAUUUCUGCUACGGGAAUUCUCGGAAGUACGAGAACUACAGAUCUUAUACUUCUUUCUGUUUCUAGCAUUGUACCUGACAACCAUCACUGGGAAUCUUCUCAUCAUUGCCGCAGUAGCCCUUGAUCAUCACCUUCAUACACCAAUGUACUUUUUCCUAACAAACUUGGCCAUGAUGGACAUUGGCUCUGUUUCUGUCAUCGUACCUAAAUCUAUGACCAAUUCCAUUAUGAACACUUGGUCAAUUUCUUAUUCUGAAUGUGUAGCUCAAGUUUUCUUUUAUUUCUUCUUUGUAGCAUCAGAUCUUACACUUCUAACUGUAAUGGCACAUGACCGGUAUGUUGCCAUCUGCAACCCGUUACAGUAUGAGACAAUUAUGCACAGAGGAGCCUGCCUUCAGAUGGCAGUCAUUGCAUGGAUUACUGGGCUUCUUUAUGCCAUAGUACAUACUUGUGGCACCUUUGCAAACACAUUCUGUUCUAAUGUUGUCAGCCAGUUCUUCUGUGAAAUUCCAAAGUUACUGAAGCUCUCCUGCUCUGACUUUUACUUAGUUGAAAUUGGGCUUAUUGUGGUAGGGAGUUUGUUAGGAUUAGGAUGCCUCAUUUACAUUGUCAUAACAUACAUGCAGAUUUUUGCUAUAGUGCUCAGAAUCCCCUCUGUUCAUGGUAAGAAAAAAGCCCUCUCCACUUGCCUUCCCCACCUCACUGUUGUCUCUUUGCUUAUGUUCAGUGCAAUUGUUGCCUAUGCAAGUUCUUCCACUAAUUAUUCUUCUGGUCUGGACAUUGCUUUUGCUGUGAUAUAUACCAUCAUUCCUCCCACAUUGAAUCCAUUCAUCUAUAGCAUGAGAAACAAAGACAUCAAGAUUGCUUUGUGGAAGCUCUUAGAUGUUGGGCCUUCCUCUAAAACUAUAUUCAGAUUGCUGUAA